AACUCAAACUUCUAGCGCUAACGCAUGCCAUGGGCAUCGUAUCUAUUAGAAUGAAUUUGCCUCCAUCUUAGGAUUGUUUUGAGCACUUCUUUCAAAUAGAUACAGAAAACAUACUACCUGGUCCUUUUUGCCUGUGCCUAGUCCAUCGAUAUUUUCGCUGGACGGUAGAAGACUCGAGUUUAUUCUGGAGCCGAUCAUAAACAUGACUGCCCGGUGGCGCAACAUUAACAAUCGAUGAGUCUCGACAGCACGACAACGUUGGUGACGCAGGUCGUCCGCGAGGUCCUGCAGAAGUACCGGGUCAUCCAUCCGGCCUGGCAAAGCGAAACGUCUGGUGUCGAAAGGCAGGAGGCCAAGGUGCAGGAGGAGAGAGCCGCGUAUGUGAAGGCAUCAGACGCAACCAAAGUGAAACGGGAGUUCAAGAAACUGGAGGAUGCGGGGGACGAGUGGACACGUUCGUACGUGGAGUUCUACUGGCGACGACUCACGGGAGAAGGACUAGAAACUCUGCGAGUGUCUGAGCUCUUGAAAAAAGUCACCUUUGUGCCAGAUAUCCAGGUGGCGGAGGAAUCUCCGAGAAGGGUAUGCUUGUCUUCAACGCCGCAACCUGAGGACCCAAAGCUGCAUCCAGAUUUUGAUCAUGGUUUGGAGUUGCCUCUUCUCGAUGGAAAGAAAGUCGUACUGACCUUCCGCAUCACCUCCAGUUCAUCUGCCAAUAUUCAAGAUGCGAGCGUCCCUGAUAGAGGUGAUGUCGAACUAGAACUGGCGAAUACACUCUUGAAACAGCUGUAUGGCAUGGAGACACAAACAGAGCGGCGUGGCGGGGAUUUUUUGUACAAUCGUGGCAAUCAUCUUGCACUCAUCGACUCGCUCGAAAGGAUGGGCUCAGACAACUGUUGGGUGUCCAUCCGCACGAUGCCACUUCCAUUCUACCAGAGGCUACGACGAGAUUACCGGACUAUGAACGCUGCCGACUCUAGUGUUGUACCAGGGAGCAGUCCAUUUUCAUCCUUGGUUUCGCCACGCUCUGCGCCAGCUUCAGAGGCUGCGCGAGUGAAAUUCGUGGAGCUGGGGCCGGCCGUAGCUGAGUUUGGACAAUGGAUGCUGCCAAUAUCGUAUGUCGGCGUGCGGCUCUUCUACGAUAAGCAUGGCGAGGACCCCCACGAGCCUUGUUUAGCAGGCAAGGACACCCGACCACUACCUGUGACGUUUGCAUCGCGCUCAGAGCGGAAAAACGCCGAAAAGAAAUACUGCAAUGUCCUCGAGGCCCUUGUCGGAACGCUGAGCGUGGACGAGGUAGAGAAGUGGCCCCCAACACUGCGAAGUCCUGCCGAUAAGAAUAGAGUAAGCGAGAAGGGGGUAGAAGCGGAGGCCGACGAAGACGACGACAGCUCCUCACAACAAGAUGAAGACGAGGAACAGGAACUCGAUGCAUCACCAGUCGCGGGUAAGACGAACAGGCCAAUUUCUAGAACACCUACUUCAACGUCUACUCCGUCUAGUAGGACUUUAUUGUCGGUGGAGGAGAAAGUGAAGUUGUUGAAGAGGCUGUGCGGCCUGGCAGUGAGUGUUUUAGCUGUGGAUGUUGCUAUCACUGGACUGCUAGAUCGAGAGCCUCCUGGGAGGGGGUUUACCUCCAUAGACAGAAUCUGGGAGACUCGUAAGGAUGAAAACUCGGGUGGCCGUUAUGACAGCGAUCUUGUUGCCUUUUUGCAGACUCUCAGGGUGGAUCACGAGGCAGCUCUGCGCGAAAUAGAACGCGAAAUACGAGUGCUAGCUGCAGACUUCACAAAUGACCUGGGAAAUUUCGACGAUGACCAUUUUUCCGAUGUAGAAGAUGAGAAACGUCGUGGUGAGAAAAAUGCAUUAACCUCUUCGAGUUCUGAAGUCAGGCCGAUGAAGUCAGGCGAAACUAACCGAAGUUUGCGGGACGACGUUCUUUCAGCUUUCGUACUUUCCUCGUCGAUCAUGUCCUCGCAGCAUAGCAACUCAAACACAGUGAACAGUAAAAACAAAAGUUUGAGGCGGGAGGUGGAUGACGUAGGAGCGAUCACAAAACUCGUAGGAUGGUUGCACGAUGAGUUGAAGUACAUGCAGGGAGACACGCGCGCUCAGCUGCGCGAAUGCGUCGGCUGGACGGAAGAUGGUCGCGAGUUCUGUUUCCUUUGUAACAAGUACAUGGACGAAUCGCACACCAGCAGCCAUAUGCACAAAGCCCGAUGCCAAGACUACCUCUCCUACCGCCUCAUCGUGCUGACCAACAAGUCGUGGCAAAAGGAAAGGAUAAAAGACGACGAAAUUAAUAGACUUCGAAUACACCCUCUCCCUCGCGUUAAUCUUAAUACUGCUGUAGCGUCCUCGCCGCCGUCCUUACCAUCUAGUGGAAGCAGUAGCGAUAUGAAGAGACGAGGGAGGAACGCUUCUGGAAUAAAAGCUGCGAAACUAGAAGAGCUGCGCUCCAAUCAGAAAGUAGAACAAGUUGUAGCCCCUUCUACAGGCAAAUCUCGGGCGAAAAAGAAUAGAAAAGAGCAGGAGCAGUCGCAGGACCACGAUGAAGUUAUUGUCACACCUUUCGACACCGCGACUGCAAAGUCUUCUGCUUCGGCUUCUUCGACAAGCGUGCCGCUAAGCGCCACAAAUGCAGAAAUCAAGCAAGGGACUGUAAAUGAAAGAGCGAAAGUCGAGCGAAAGCCACAUCCUCAGCCAAAGCAGCUGGCGCCAUCUUUUUCCCCCCGCACCAGAGCAGACCCAGACCCAGUACUGCAUACCCCGCACGCUCCUUCGCCAAAGCAAAAACUAGAUCACACGAAGCCUGCAGCGUCCGACGCAGUCGUUCGAAGCUUGGUUUUGCAGUACAGCAAAGGCGGUCAGGGCUGGUACUGUCUCCUCUGCAAGAAGCCGCCGAAAGGUGUUGCAAAAUGGGCAGGGGAAACCGAGAAGGAUGUGACGGAGCACUGCGCAACGGAGGACCAUACAGCGAGAGUCCUUGAAUUUCGCAAAUAUUCAAUUGCAGAGUCACUCGAGCAUUACGCCAUCGAAGAGAAACGAGAAAGUCUCCGGUUGAAAUUUCCCUAAACACGAUCUUCCUCUCCAUCUUCCUUAUCAAAGCGUCUACUCAUAUAUGAAAAAUUCUGCUUCAGCUGCAAAUUAGAAGAUGACUCUACUUCAGAUGAAUCAUGAGAGGACUACGCGCUUGCAGUUGCACACGCGAGCACUCAUGCCGGCGUCAUGAUGAGAGUCAGCAUAUGAGCAUGAAAGAGUGAAUCGUGACCCUAUGAGGGUAAUAUAGAAAAUCAUGACCUCCACUCGAUCUAGAAAGGGAGAGGCCUUCAGUUGUCUACUCCUCGCUGAGUCUGUAAGAGUGCGUCGUUGGCUGUGCGAUUUCUCUUGGUCUGACUGGGUGUACAACAACAACAUCACACAUCCUACAACUCCUGAGUGAGGGAGCAGCUCCUCAGCUGGACUCUGUUUCUCAUUUGAGAUUGAGUAGUUCUUGUUGAAGAUUACAAGAAUGGCAAGAAGAUAAGUCGGUGCAAGCGU